AUGGCCAAGUAUUUAUAUUUAUCCGAAACUGAAAGAAAACUUCUUAAUGAAUGUUCUUAUGAUCUUACCCUCCCAAUUGAAAAAUUAACAAUGCCCUCAAAUAAAAAUCCUAAUAAAACGCCGCGACCACAAAACCAUUGGAUUAUAUUUCGAAAAGACUGUGAAGCUAAUAUACGUUUACGUGACCCUAAUGUUAAGAAAAAAAUUAAGGAUACAGCAAGAGAAUGUAGUUUAAAAUGGAAAUUGCAAACAAGUGAGGUCAAGCAUUUUUUCAGAGUAUUGGAAAAAAUAGCACGUGAGAAUCAUAAACGUAUAUUCCCUGGUUAUAAAUAUAAGAAAUAUAAGUCAAAAAGUGUAAAAGAUCCUAAGUAUCAAAAAUUUAUUAAUAUAAACCAAACUACUUAUAUCCAUCAAGACGAUAACAACGAUGACAUGUAUGAAACUCUUUUUGACGAACUUAUUUCUUGCGAGGAAUAG